UGCGAAACGUUCCCAAAUUUCACGCGAAAACGCACCAGUAUUAAAAUUAAAUUCAAGUACGAUUUUCUCGUAAAAAUUAUGGGUAAUAUAUCUCUCAGAUUAAUACGUAAUCAGUCGAGUGCCACUUCGGUAUUGUCAAUAGCGCUCAGUACUAACUCAUUGCUUGCCAAUAAUGACGACGUUUGCGGUGUUGCUAGUAGCUAUAGCGACGGCUCAGGUCCAACAAGUCGCGUCCAUUAAUCAAGGCAACGACUCGUUGGUCCCAGAACCUUACAUGGUGGCACUGUUUUUACACCGUAACUACACAAGGGAAUCGGUCCAUUGCAGCGGCACGCUCAUAUCGAGCAACUACGUACUCACGGCGGCUCGUUGCUUCUUCGACAACGACAUUUCCACCAUAAACAUGAUCUUCGGAGCUUCGGCCACCGAUCGUUGGGAAGAAGGUCACCUGACGGUCACUCAAAACACUUCGGGGCUCACUCUUCACCCGGGUUUCGAUCCCGACAGCUUCGCGGAUGACGUGGCGCUUAUAAAACUAGACGAUGACAUCGUCUUCACGAACUCCAUAGGAUCAAUCGAGCUUUACGGCGGCAACGACACUUUGGACGGGCAAAACUCCACCAUACUUGGUUUCGGUCUGUACGAUUACCAACUGAAAUCCGCUUCGAACCCGGUGCUCCAGCUCGUCGAAUGUACCAACAGCGACGACUUCUACACCGACCUCGUAACCGACAACCAGAUCUGUUUCGACGGGUCUGGGUUCCUGUCCGCCUGCGAAGGCGACUUUGGAGGACCGGUAGUCGUAGAUGGCGUCCAAGCGGGCAUCAUCUCGUUCUACCACGAGGACAACUGCAACACGGACCAACCGACCGUCGCGACCAGGAUCUCCGCCUACCGGGAUUGGAUUCGCGAUAUCUCCGGGGUCUAAUUCAAACCAAUUCGACGCAUUUGAUUGCCUUGUACGCUUUAUCAAUUAAAACUUU